AUGUCGAACGUCUUCCGUGUUGCAGUUCUUGAGUGCGAUACACCUAUAGAUCCUGUCAAGGAAAAAUACGGAACCUAUGGCGACAUCUUUUCUCGGCUUCUAAACAACGGCCUAUCAAAUUUGGAAGGCUUGAAGUCCAAGCCGACCCUAGAUGUUUCCAAAUGGGACGUCGUUGACAAGCAAGAAUACCCCGAGCUUAGUGAGAUUGACGGUAUCUUGAUGACCGGAAGCAAACAUGACUCCUUUGAAAGUCACCCCUGGAUUCUCAAAUUAGUCGACUUUACGAAGAAGGCGUUCGACGCUAAGAAACCCAUUGUUGGAAUAUGCUUUGGUCACCAGAUUCUCGCACGAGCAAUGGGCGCAAAAGUUGGAAGAAGCGAUAAAGGCUGGGAAGUUUCGGCUGACAAUAUCGAUGUAACGGAUGCUGGCUUUGCGUUGUUCGACAAAUCAAGCCUUACUCUUCAUCAGAUGCAUCGUGAUGUUGUCUUCGACGUGCCUGAGGGUUUUCAGAAUCUUGGGACCAGCCCGCGAUGUGACGUUCAAGGUCUGUAUCUUCCGAACCGUGCGUUUUCAGUGCAGGCACAUCCCGAGUUUGACGACUAUAUCAUGGACAAGAUUCUGAAGAAGAGGCAUGGGGAUGGCAUAUUCAGUGAUGAUAUGUAUGAGGAUGGAAACCUUAGGGCUUCCCUCGAGCACGAUGGAUUGUUAGUGGCUACCACGAUCUGGAAAUUCUUCCUGGUUCCUUCAAAGGCCUAG